UCGCUUACCUUUACGCUCCUCACAGGCUUAAAAAUGUCGGAUCGUGAAGGUCACUCCGGUCUGCCUCCAACAGAUGAAGACCUUUCCUUGCCAAAGGCUACUGUCGCCAAGAUGAUUGCCGAGUUACUGCCCAGCGAUGUUGUGUGCGCUAAAGAGACGCGUGAUCUGGUCAUAGAAUGUUGUGUAGAAUUUAUCCACCUGAUAUCAUCAGAAGCCAACGAAAUAUGCGAACAAGAGUCUAAGAAAACUAUUGCCCCAGAGCAUAUCAUCAAUGCACUGAAGCGCCUUGGAUUUGAUUCGUUUACGUCAGAGGUCGAAGAUGUCCUGAAAGAUCAUAAACAACAGCAGAAGGAUCGGGAGAAAAAAGUGUCAAAGUUUGAACAGUCUGGAAUGACGGAGGAAGAGCUUCUCGCAAAACAGGAGGAGUUAUUUGCGGCAAGCAGAGCAAAAUUCCAAUCAACGCAACAAUAGUAGUAUACUAUUUACUCACUCUAUCUUUAUUCUUCAAAUUCUCGUAAGUAUCUACUGUGUAUAAACCUAAUUCUUUCGGUCUUCAUGACGUUUCAGCAA